AUAUUUUAAAUUAUUUUUUCUUAACACAAGGUUUCCCUGUAUCGUUGUCAGCGAAGGCUACGCCAUAAGAUAUUUGGAAAUGUUUGUCUCUUUCUGUCUUUAGUGUCUAGUCUUUGACUCUUUUCUUAUCAAUGUGAAGUUCGACCGUGAUAUGUUGGCGUGUGGACUGUUUGAGUGUUGUUGACAUUAUGACGGACAAUGUGUUUGAAAGAUUGUGACGUUAUUCAUGAAUAUUGCCAGUUAGAUGUAUUCAUUUUUUUGAAGUGAUGUAUUGUGACGAGAACCGUAUUUUAUGUAGACGCUUGAAACACAGUUCGUCCGUCAAUGGCAAGGCGCGGCCAUGUUGACGUAUAGCAGAAGACUACGGGAAUAAAAAAUUUUCUGUAAUUCGACCGUUCUUAAAAACAGAAUGCCGAAAUGUGAGAGUUUCACAAAGUACAUACCUGCCACAUUCGCAUGGUUGAUGCUGCUCGGAACUACAGCUUUAUUCUUUUAUUUUCCAUGUCGCUACUACGUAGAUCGAGGUUUUCUAUGGGUUCCAGCUGGCCAGGGGGUAAUCACGUUGUUCGUGAUAGCAAACUUUACGUUGGCUACGUUCAUGGACCCUGGGAUAAUUCCAAGAGCUUCCCCCGAAGAGGACAGGGAGGAUGACUUCCGUGCUCCUCUGUACAAGAACGUGGAAAUAAACGGCAUCACGGUGCGCAUGAAGUGGUGCGUCACAUGCCAGUUCUACCGGCCGCCCCGCUGUUCACACUGCAGCGUCUGCAACGUCUGCAUCGAGACUUUCGACCACCACUGUCCGUGGGUGAACAACUGCAUAGGACGCAGGAACUACAGGUUCUUCUUCAUGUUCCUCAUAUCGCUCAGCGUCCACAUCACCAGCAUAUUCGGGCUGUGCGUGUACUUUGUCUACAAGCACACAGAAAACCUCAAGGAUGUUCCCACGAUUGUUGCAAUGGUGAUAAUUGCAAUAAUAGUGCUGCUGUUCAUUCCCAUCUGUGGCCUGACUGGGUUCCACAUAGUGCUAGUGUCACGGGGCAGGACGACAAACGAGCAGGUGACCGGCAAGUUCAAAGGAGGCUACAACCCGUUUUCUCGUGGUUGUCCUCGCAACUGUUGCUACAUCUUGUGUGGACCACAGUAUCCCAGCUUGCUGAAGGCCAGCAAGUACGUGGGGAAGCCGAAACGGUAUCCCUGUUCCACAUCCGCCAUAUCGACUAUAACGAAUGAGAACCAGGUAAAGACCUACAUGGAUAACAGCAAUGGGGUUAGGAAUGCCAGUUCAAAUGCUUAUAACAAGCUGUCCCCCGGCAGGGGCGAGGGCUCCGACACGGACAUGGAGCCCACGGCGUCGCAGUCGCAGGACUGCGAGCCCACGCCGCCGCUGCAGCGCCACGGCUCCAAGAGCAACUUCUUCCUGCCGCCCGUCGAGGGCAGCGACUCCCCGCGCAAGGCCGCGCACUCCGCACAGCAGGUGCGCGGGCCCUUUGCGCGCGGGAGCCCGCACCCCCGGCCCAGGGGCAUGGAGGCUUCGCAGUCGCGCAGCCACACGCCCGACCCACUCUCGCCCGAGCAGCCAUCGCCGGCUCAGCGGGGCCAAGGCCCGGGACCGAGCCCCACCAUGCAGCAGCGCAUCAAGGCUAUCGGGGUGCCCACACCCCUGGCGAUGAACAGCCCCGUGCGCAGCAGACAAGCACUAGCAAGCAGGAACUCACCAAGGUCUAAUCCCGGCACGCCCACACAGCCUCGCCGACCUGACUUCAUCUGCGUGGGCAGCACGGCACAACCUUACUACGACUUCAACCCCCCGCAGACACACCAGCACCACGCCGCCGGAGGGUACGGCAGUCCCCAGCGGAGGUUCCUGUCGGAAGGGGAGCUGGUGCGCCAAGGAGCAGACCUGCAGUACGCCCGCACCAACAACACCGUGGACAACAUCCGCGAGCUGGCGGGCUCGCCGCAGCGCGGUGUGUACAUGUGGAAGGACACGUCCCCGGGGGCCUACGCUGCGGGCGGCAACGGGGUCCCCGCCCCGGCGCACCUCCACCAGAGGCCCGGCCUGGGCUACGACUACUACCGCUCCAACCCCACCAGCCCCACGCAGCAGCAGCAGCAGCAGCAGCAGCAGCAGCAGCAGCAGAGGAUGUACUACAACGCACCGGUGCGUGGCGGCGUGCCCGUGUACCCCCCGCCACAGUCCCCGCAGGUGCGGCGCAAGGCCAUCGGUACGCCCACCACGCCGACGGUGAGGGCGAGCCCCGGGUCGCGGCGGCCCAUGUCCUUCGUGCGCGCGCUGGAGAUGACGGACGGCAUGGAGCUGACGGGAUCGCCCGGCGCGCCCCGCCCCGCGACGGACGCUCAUCGCAGCGCCACGCCCACGCCCGACCGGGCCAGCGUCUACGACGUCAACUACGAGAUCUCCGUAUAGGGUCGGCUGUGCCCUCGGACCCGAACGCUGCCGCACAGGCGCCACGUGGCCCGCGGCCACCACGUCGGUGCGCACACUUUCCCGAUGGCUCGUCACGGAAGUAGGCCUCCGUUUUGAGGGCAGGUCCCGUGUCCCGCCACGAGCCUCUCGUGGUCCAACAUUUUAAAUACUGACUCGUAUUUCAAAUGUUAAAAUGUAAAAUUUUAUCUUUUUAUCAUGUAUGUAGUAAUCAGGUGAGAAGAACCGAUGACCGAUGCUUGCCAUUACGUUACUGUUUUCCGUGACCGAUGAGGAUUGUAGGCAGAAUUGUUGUGAUGUUCGUACGUCGACCUCAUCACGUGCAUUACCUGACCGAUAUGUGCCGUACCACACCUGUUGUCCUUUUGUUGUUGUUAUUGUUGUUAGUGCAGAUUGAGGACCGACGUCACACGAGGAUCGUGGUUUAGUUUCUCAUUCUGUGAAUGUGUGGCUGAUCGUUUGAUGGUCGACGAACCCUCCGGCCUUCCGGCACAUUCGACCAUCUGCAGUACUUAAAAUGUAACCUUAUCCGUGUCCUAAUGAGAAGUGCGCCAAUUAGUGUUUCCGUCACAUUAACAGAAAGAUGAGUAGAUCUUUAUACGUGUAGGCUAAAAUGUGGUCUGUAAGUGUUUGAUGUAUUUAGUGUGCAUGCUUUGUCUUCAAUUGUUAUUUUGAAGAAGUGUUAACAAUUUUAUGUAUUGGUAAUAUUGAUCUUUUGAGUGAGAACCUAUAUAUUUCAAUUUUUUUCUUUACUGUAAACACAAAAAAAAUUUCCAUCUCACCUUAAAGAAGCACCAAAGGAAAAAUUAUGUGCUCAGCUUCAAAUUAUUUAGUGUUAUUUCUUUUGUAAAUAGUCUAUUUUGUACCAGAGUUUAGUAAUUUCCUGGCAUUUAACUGCCACCCUUUAUUUGAUUUCAAUUGUUGUUGAUCAAAACAUUGAAAAUGAAAAUAAAUCAAGACUUGGAACUUUCCUGGUGCAAGUAUUGUUUUGAAUACUUAAAGUACUAUCAUGAGGUUCCAAACAAAAUUUUGUGCAGCUAAGCUAAACAUGCAAGAAUAACUUUUUGUUUAUUUUGCAUAUCUAAUGUGAUUGUAACAUUUAUGUUGAUACCUCAUUAUUGAAUGUAUAAUAAAAUAUUGUAAUGUUGUAACAGCAGACUACAACAACUCAUUGUGACAGUGAAUUAAGUUUGUUCAUAUAAGAAAAUUUUAUUGAUGCUACAUUUUGCAUAUAAUACAUAGUUAUGUUGAAAAACAUACCAAACAUGUUCAUACUAAAAACAUCUUUUAGCAGAGGAACUAUUAAUUGGAUUUUAUUUGAAUAAAAUUGUUUGAGACAUUUCAAA